AUGGCGGCCAAUUCUAAACGCAAUCGCCGAAACGCCCUCGAAUUCCGAACACGCAUUGAAUGCGCACAAAAGCAGCAGCUGCUGAAUGUCCCUGCUGAGCGAUGGCUGAUUGAAAUUUCAAAGCAAAAUAUUACUGGUCGGUUGCAGCUGGCCGACAUGGCAUGUGGCGCAAUCAAAUUCGCUUGUGUACCGAAUCAGUCAUCAUAUUGGAAUAUCUUAUCGGGGAAACUUCGUUUCAACAUGCCGAGAUUCAAAGACAGUCGAACAUGGGCAAUAUCUUAUCGGUGA